AAAAAAAAAGAGAGACAAAGAAUAGAUAACGGCUCCGGCCCAAAGUCCCAACUCUGCCUGGUCACGUGCCCGCGCCCCCAACUUUCUGGUCCGAUGCGGCUCCCAGGCCCUGUACUUUUGGUUCCGCCCGCCGGCUGUCGGCUACUACCCUGGCGCAUUUCCGGCCGUGGUGGGACAGUCUGCGGAAAGUAGGGCACUUCGCGCCCACCGACCAUGCCCGCGGGCGUGUCCUGGGCCACCUACUUGAAAAUGUUCGCCGCCAGCCUCCUGGCCAUGUGCGCCGGGGCCGAAGUGGUGCACAGGUACUACCUGCCGGACCUGACAAUACCUGAAAUUCCACCAAAGCCUGGAGAACUCAAAACGGAGCUUUUGGGACUGAAAAAGAGACAACAUGAACCUCAAGUUUCUCAGCAAUAGAAACUUCAAAAUACAACUCUGUCAAGAACUCCGUGAAUAUUUUAAGUAUUAAACACAUCUUUUUAAAGUCUGUUGAGUCAACUGCUUGUCUUUAAACACCUAAUGCAGUGUGAACUGCAAGAGGAGGUGCUCAGGUGUUAGCUGAUGCGUUGAGAUUUUAUUACAGAUUGACCACUAUUUCUUGAAAACUACCAAAAUAUGUAUCAUCAGCUUUUUGAAUGUGAAUAGAUACUUAGUCUUGAAUAUUAUGUGAGAAAGAAUGUCUGCAGUGUUCCCUGCCCUUAUAAUUCUGGGUUAUUUCUCUGAAUAAGCUUGACUAUCAUGGCAUAAUGGGAAUUCUGAAUUAACUAUAAUAAAAGUGCCAUUGACACUGAAA